AACCUCUUUCAUUAAGAAAACAACAUGAAAAACUUUGUGAUCUUGUGCGUGGUGCUGGUGGCGGCGCUGGCGGGCGAGGCGGCGGCGCGCACCAAGCGCAGCCACGGCUGGGGCGUGCAGCCCGGCUGGGGCGUGGAGCCCGGCUGGGGCGGCUGGCACGGGGGCUGGCAGCCGCACACCAAGGUGGUGACGGUGCAGAAGGUGGUGCAGGUGCCGCGCGAGGUGACGGUGCCGCAGGUGGUGCACGUGCGUAAGGUCAUCUCCGAGCCCAAGCUCAUCACCGUCAAGAAGGUGGUGCCUGUGCACACGGAGCACGCGCACCACGGCUGGUGGUGAACAAGGCUUAGGAUAAGGUACUGCGUUUCUUUAUAAUAAAUAACUUUAUUUUUCAAGC